AUGGGUAGCACGGAGCCAGCAGAGCUUUCCUACUCGGCGCCACCCGAGGCUGUCACAUUCGACGGUCUACUGUUCGACAUGGAUGGCACCAUCAUCGACUCAACCGAUGCCGUCGUUAAGCACUGGGAGACGCGAACUGGGAAUGCUAGCAGGCAGGCAAGUACUCAGACAACUGACAAGUCAUCCCGCACAGACGUCCGUGAAACAGAGGGCCGGCUCCCUAAGCUAUACGGCGACGACGCCGUCGAGAUCCCCGGUGCGCGACCCCUUCUAGAAGGCCUGAUCUCCCAGUCCGCCCCCUGGACUAUCGUCACAUCAGGGUCUCUCCCGCUCGUCACCGGAGGGCUCAACGUCGUCCAACUCCCCAGCCCACCCCACGUGGUAACAGCCGAGUCCGUCGCCAACGGCAAGCCCGACCCGGCAUGCUACCAGCUAGGACGAGAACGCCUCGGGCUCAGCAGCGGCGAGGGCGCGCAGGUGCUGGUGCUGGAGGACAGCCCCGCGGGGAUCCGGUCGGGCAAGGCCGCCGGCUGCAAGGUGCUCGCCGUCGUCACCAGCCACACGGCCGAGCAGGUGUUGGCGGCCGAGCCCGACUGGGUCGUGCGCGACCUCGCCUCGCUGCGUCUGGUGCGCGUCGAGGGCGGGCGCGUGACGCUGGAGAUUCGGGAUGCGUUGGUGGUGGACGCGCAGUGA